UAAAGAUGGACACAGGUGGUUACAGGAAGGUGAGCGCGCGUGCGAAUAAAAAUUUGAAAUAAUACAUAAAUAAAAAAAAAACGCGCGGAGGAUGGAGUGAACGGAGAAGUGCACCGGUUCAGUGAGGAGAGGAGAAAUGUGGCGCUGAUGAAUGGGUUUCUCUCUCUCUCUCCCUGCGUGGACGUGGGAAACCUCAAGGAGCUGAAAUCUGCUCGGUUUAUGUUUUAAGGAAAAAGGGGAGAUGAAUUAAAGAAAGCGCGCGCGCAGCCGGAGUAGAGGAGGACUGGGCGCAGAAAUCCUACUGUACGAGCUGGACACAGUGGAGGUCUAAAGCUGUUGUUUUAACUACAAAUCUAGAAAUCUUGUGAAAGUAGUGAUAUGUGAGGAGCCGCGAAAACACCGAGCACGAGAAGAAAAGCAGGACAAAGAGGAAUAAGGGACAAAAAAGCGCGUAAUGCGCGAGACAUGAGUUUCCUGAAUGACCAGACAUGGAGGAAGGAUCAGACAUCCUCAGUGAAGGAGGGAAGUUUUAGAAAUGAUGAAAGAUUUGGAUCUUAACAAAAUCCAGAAAAACAGGACAUUUGUUUGGUGAAACGUUGGGAAGGAAUCAGAAAUCAAGAUUAUUUUAGUUUAAAAAGCGGAUUUUAUUUAUUUGUUUAUUUAUUCGUUUUUGGAUUUUGAUUUUUUUUUUAACUUCAUAUGGAGAAGGUUAGUCCUGUAGCAGAGAAGUUGUGACUCCACUGAUGGACUUUUAGCCUGAUUUUUUGGAUGAAUCUAAAUGGAGAAUAUUCGGUAAAUUCAGUGCACAUUUGCACGAGGCAGAGAAGGGAGAGUGCACGCGCUCGGACCUGAGUCCAGAGAGAACCCGUCGUUUUGUGCAUUGUUUAAUUUGUCCAAAUGAGGAACUCGACGAACGAGACGGCGGUGGUGCGAUCGGACGACGAUGACGACGAGGACGGGGCGGAGCGUGGGCGGAGCGCCAGGGUCCUGCUGGGAUUGGUUCUCUUCCUGCUGAUCAUCUGGACGCUGCUGGGGAACACGCUGGUGUGUGCCGCCGUGGUGAAGUUCCGGCAUCUUCGCUCCAAAGUCACCAACUUCUUCGUGAUCUCGCUGGCCGUGUCCGACCUGUUCGUGGCCGUGCUGGUGAUGCCAUGGGAGGCCAUGUCCGCCGUGGCCGGGGCGUGGCUCUUCGGACGCGUGUUCUGCGCCAUCUGGGUGGCGUUUGACAUCAUGUGCUCGACGGCGUCCAUCUUGAACUUGUGCAUCAUCAGCGUGGAUCGCUACUGGGCCAUCGCCAGCCCGUUCCGUUACGAGCGUAAGAUGACGCAGCGUGUGGCCUUCGUGAUGAUAGGCGUGGCCUGGACACUGUCCGUGCUCAUCUCCUUCAUCCCCGUGCAGCUCAACUGGCACGAGGCGGACGAGGACGAAGACGCUGACGUCCUCGGAGAGCUUGACUUCAACAGAAGCAUUAGUGACGACAACUGUAAAGCUAACCUGAACCGCACGUAUGCUAUCUCCUCCUCGCUGAUCAGCUUCUACAUCCCGGUGGUGAUCAUGAUCGCGACCUACACGCGGAUCUUCCGCAUCGCACAGACGCAGAUCAGACGGAUCUCCUCGCUGGAGAGAGCGGCAGGACACGACUGCGGCGGAGAGAACUCCAACUCGCUGAAAACAGCUUUCAAAAAGGAAACCAAGGUCCUGAAGACGCUGUCGGUCAUCAUGGGCGUGUUCGUGUUCUGCUGGCUGCCAUUCUUCGUGCUGAACUGUGUGGUGCCUUUCUGCCAGUGCGUCAGCGACACCACCUUCGCCGUCUUCGUCUGGUUCGGCUGGGCCAACUCCUCGCUCAACCCCGUCAUCUACGCCUUCAACGCUGACUUCCGUAAGGCUUUCUCCUCCAUCCUGGGCUGCCACAAGCUCUUCCCCAGCACCACCGUGGAGGCCGUGAACUUCAGCAACGAGCUGGUGUCCUAUCACCAUGACACCACGCUGCAGAAAGAAGCUCCGCCUCCCAUUCCGCCCAAAGAGGAAGAGCGUGCGCUGCGGGCUCAUAAGACUUCCUCUCUGAGCUCCUCCUCUUCAUGUGUGGGAGUGGGCGGAGUGUUUCGCGAUCACACACGCGUGCUGCUGCCCAGUGUGGGCCGGUGCGAGUGUGAGGCGGAGAUCUCGCUGGACACCAUCACACCCUUCACCUCCACUGCCAUGAUGGAGUGUGGCGGGAUCCCGGGACAGAUCAUCGACGAGUGAUCCAUCAAAAAAACCCGAUAACCUCAGACUAGAGAUCUGAUCAGUGAUCAAUAAUCAGUAAUCAGUCUGUUCACUUGGUUAUGUUAAUGAGCAGGUCUGACUUUAGUGUAAUAAACACUGUGUCCAGGGAACAAACACUGCCUUAGAAGCAGAUAGGAAACACCUGCGUUAUUACCUGAGUUCUACACUGGACCUUUAAGAGUCCAGCUUAAGAGAAUAAUAAUAAUAAUGUGUGUGUGUGUUCUCUCUGUGUGUGAGUUUUGUGUGUGUGUGUUCUCUGUGUGUGAGUAUUUCCACGUGUGUGUGUGUGUUCUCUCUGUGUGUGAGUAUUUCCACAUGUGUGUGUGUGUUCUCUGUGUGUGAAUAUUUCCACGUGU